AUGGCUCUCUUGCGUCGUCUGACCCAAUUGCUGGCCCUUUGCCACGGUGGGUUUGCAUCGAAACCCAAGGCCAAUUGUUCCUGCACCAACAGCCCCCAACACCGAGAUUGUUGGCGCCAGGGCUUCAACAUACAUUCGGACCCUGACAAGGUCGUACCAAAAGGACGCUUGAGGGAGUACGAACUUACCGUCACCCAAGAGUUGAUUGCCCCAGACGGAUACUUGGUCAAGGGGACAGUGUUCAAUGGCCAAUACCCUGGUCCACUGAUCGAGGCCGACUGGGGCGAUACCCUUCGCAUUACCGUGCACAAUAACUUGACCAACUUUAAUGGAACGGGGGUUCACUGGCACGGUAUCCGACAAUCCGAGACUGUCUGGCUGGAUGGUGUGCCUGGUGUGACGCAAUGCCCCUCAAAGCCCGGAUCUUCGCAAACGUAUGAGUUUCGGGCCAUGCAAUACGGUACCUCGUGGUAUCACUCGCACUUUAGUUUGCAGUGGCCACUUGUAAUCCACGGCCCGUCGAGCGCGAAUUGGGAUGUCGACCUUGGGCCCUGGCUGCUGUCUGACUGGUAUCACGACGACGCCUUCAAGCUCUAUUAUUACGAGAUCUUUACACCCCGGGCCGCGAUCCCGAAUUCCAUGGUUCUAAAUGGCAAAGGACUGUACGACUGUGACCCGAAGAACGACACCAGAUGCACGGGCAAGAAGGAUUUUUUCGAGGUGACGCUUGAACGCGGCACCAAGUACAAAAUCGGCCUGACUCACACGGGUACUCUGCUCACAGAGACGUUCUGGAUUGACGGGCACAACUUUACAGUCAUCUCCAACGACUUUGUGGCCAUUGAGCCAUAUGUGACUGACGUUAUCAACAUUGGUAUAGGCCAACGGUACGAAAUCAUUGUCGAGGCCAAUGCGAGCCUCGAGAACGGUCCCAACUUCUGGAUCCACGCACAGUACUGCAACGAGCCCGACAUAUUGGACCACCGCGUAGGCAUCGUGCGGUACGACGCCAAGAACAAAAGCGAUCCCUACACGCCCCCUCGAGCCCACCUCAAGUAUGGAUGUGCUGAUCCAGGACCAAACGAGCUGGUACCAGUCGUGCCAAUGCAGGUUGGUCGACGGGUGAACAACAUGGAGCCCAGCGAAUACCUCAAGAUAGGGCUGCAGGGCUGGCCCAACGCCAGUGACCCGAACUCCCUGAUUCACAAAUGGGUUUUGCGCCACACGCCCAUGUAUCUCGACUGGCGGGAGCCGAGUCUGAAGAAGCUGGCUCUGAACACCGGCAACGCGUCGUUGUUCACACCCGAGACGGAGCCCAUCUAUCUCGACUAUGAGACGGGCGAGUGGGUGUACUUUGUCAUCACGAGCAACUAUACCCUGGAGGGCGUCGACCCGCCACGGACGAUUCCUCAGUCGGUGCAUCCGAUGCAUCUACACGGACAUGACUUAUUGGUGCUCGCCCAGGGACAAGGUCCCUUCACCGAGGACGUUGUGCCCAAGCUCGACAACCCGCCUCGUCGGGACGUGGCCAAUUGCCCGAUAGACGGGUAUCUGUGGAUUGCGUUCCGCAUCGACAACCCGGGCGCCUGGCUGAUGCAUUGCCAUAUUGCGUGGCAUGCCAGCGAUGGCUUGUCGAUCCAGUUCCUCGAGCAGCCCGGCAAGAUUAAGGGGCUGAUGGAGAAGGCGGGCGUGAUGCCCGAGUUUUCGCAGCGCUGCGAGGAAUGGACCGAGUGGUACGAGAACAAUAAUAUGGUGCAUGAGGCAGAGCAGGAUGAUUCGGGAAUUUAG